AUGGCAAAAAGACAAAAAGAUUUGGGAGACUGGAAAAUUGUUCUAGAGGAACCUGAGAAAGAUUCCAGUAACAGUCCAGCUACUCCAUCGCGAAGAUCGCGUCGAAGGGCCGAAUCUACUGAACCCAAUGGUGUCAAGCUACAAAGGGAAGAAGACGAUUUGGUGAUCCAAGCAGGCGAUUGCCUUUUGAUAUCGGAUGUCAAGCCUUCCUAUUACAUAAUUACUAGCAUUCAGCUCGGCCUCAAGUCGUUCGUGGAACUAUGGGGUGCUCGCUUCAUCACAAAAGAUCAAAUAGAUCAAGAGACGCUAGAGGAUGUGGAAGUUGCAGAGAACGAGGUUUUCAUUACUCCGGAGGUAAGCUCUUUGAAGGUGAAUGACGUUGUUCAGAAGAUACAGGUGCUUGACUCUACGGCAUUUGCUGAUAUUGUCUUGGACGACUCCAGCAUAUCACUGACGUACCUAUGCAGACGGGCUUGCAAUGCUCAAGGAGACAGUGUUUCAAAAGAAUUCAAUUUCAGUGAGUUGAAAAGUCUCGUCGUUAAAGACCACGCAAGUGCCAUUCGAUAUAUCUCUGAAAACACACUGGUUAUCAUAUCCCCAAAAAAGAAGAAGCUGAAAACCUCCUCACUCACAGAAAGACUUAUGAACUCAGAUUCUCCAAGGCGCCGGACGUACACCGAAUCGCCAUCUGAAGACUCUGAUUCGGACGAUUUUGUAAAACAGGAGAGCGAAGAUGACGAGUCAGAAGAUCUGGAUCUGGAGCCUGAGAAAGAAACAUCCGAGUCUCCAAGAAAGCGGGCCACGGCAGCUCGUGGAAACGAGAGAUCCAACCUACAAAACGUUCUAUCUCCUCUCAAGAAAGGUUUCAAGGUGAAGACUGGUACCUCUGUAGGAAGCUUGCCUUCUCUCAACAGAAAAGCCACCAAACAAUCACACAAUAUCGUUGACACGUCGUCAGAGGCUUUCAAAGAGCUAAAAAAGAAGCUCCAUACGUCAACCACCAUAACUUCUUUACCACGAAGAGAGGACGAAUGGGUAGCGGUAUACACAAAUCUUGAAGAUGCAAUACAGACUCAAACAGGAAGCUGUGUCUACGUGAGUGGAACACCGGGUGUUGGAAAGACUGCUACCAUUAAGGAAGUUAUCCGAUCCCUUCAAUCUUCGGUCGCUGAUGGAUUAUUGAAUGAAUUCGACUUUUUGGACAUCAACUGCCUUAAACUUCUAUCACCCGAAUCUGCUUACGAAAAGCUUUGGGAAUUCGUGAGUGGCAUUAAAGUUACGCCUGCCAAUGCUGCGUUACUUUUGGAUGAUUAUUUUGGUAAAGAUGAUACUGAAGAGCCACGGAGGCCGUUGGUCGUGCUUCUCGAUGAACUCGACCAAAUUGUGACGAAAACACAAUCUGUGAUGUAUAAUUUCUUUAAUUGGCCUACUUAUGCCAAUUCUAAGCUCAUCAUAAUCGCUGUUGCAAACACGAUGGAUCUUCCUGAAAGAGUGCUUACCAACAAGAUUUCCUCCAGAUUGGGCCUUAGAAGAAUUCAGUUUGUGGGCUACACCUUCGAUGAUUUGGGUGAAAUCAUUGCCAACAGACUCACUAUGCUUAGUGAGGAGCAUAAAAGAAAGGUCCAAGUGAGCAAAGACGCCGUUGGUUUUGCAUCCAGAAAAGUUGCAAGUGUCAGUGGUGAUGCCCGUAGGGCAUUGACGAUCUGUCGAAGGGCUGUUGAGAUCGCUGAGCAAGAAUUCUUGGACACAGAAACGGAUUUGGAAAAGCCUGAAUCUGAGCAAACCUUCACCAUUCAGAUCGGCCACAUUUCAAAAGCUAUCAAUGAGACUAUCAACUCCCCAAUUGCACAACUACUCAAUCUGCUUUCAUUUGAGUCAAAGCUCGUGCUUGUGGGCAUACUUCUUAGGAUGAGGAGAUCGGGUCUAGCUGAGAACUCACUAGGUGAUGUCAUGGACGAAAUGAAAAAUUCUCUCGAUCUUCUCACCUCAAAAGACAGCUCGCAUCCUUUCAAAAAAAUCGAAACGAACGAUUCUUUUGCAGACUUUUGCUAUGGAAAUCCAAGAAAUAUUCGUAUCUACGAGAUGGCUCGCCUCGUGAAUCAGAUGGAGGAGCUCGGAAUCAUCGCACAGCAAAAUCUCAGAAGCGAGCGCUAUAGAUUGAUUCAGCUCAACAUUUCAGAAGACGAGGUUUUGGCAGCCCUUAGGAGAGACCAGGCAAUCGUGCCUAUGCUUUAA